AAGUGGCUCUGACUUCCCCAGGAAAUGGGGAGAGGAAACCCGGAGGCUUCGACCUCUCUGGCUGCACUGGAGCCACAAGACGAUUCACCGGAGAGAAAGAGGGAGGGAAGGGUGGAGGGUGGCCAGAAAAGAGGGAUAUUACAUCUCAUAAAACUCUCUGAAAGUAGAAGUUCAGAGCAAAAGAAAAAAAUAUAGUCAGAAAAUUUAGAUAGAAAGGUAUUACAGGUCCCAGGUUUUGGUAACAGACUUUGUAUGGAGAUGAAGUUUCUCAGAGCUUUGAGCGCUCUGCUCUGCUGCACUUUAUCCUCUGCAAACACACUGGAUCCUGGUGGGAAGAACGUCUGCAAGGAUAUAAGAGACCCAUCCACCCUGGCUUGUUGCACUGGUUGGAGUCAACAAGGAAAAGAGUGCACUAUUCCUGUCUGCGAAGGUGAGCAUGCUUGUCUAAAGAAUGAGGUCUGUUUGUUCCCUGGAGUGUGUCGCUGUCCACCCGGCUACUAUGGAUCUCAGUGUACAACACGCUGUCCACCAGAGUUCUGGGCUCCAGACUGUCGUCAGUUAUGUAACUGCCACCCAAAUGGCCGCUGUCAUCCUGUCACUGGUGAGUGCACCUGCAACCCAAACCGCUGGGGUCCACUUUGUCAGUACACCUGCAACUGCACGCGCCACGGUCAGUGCCACCCUGUCUUUGGAAACUGUACCUGCGAUGAAGGCUGGUGGACACUGACCUGCUCCAAGCCAUGCCAGUGCUCAGGAAGAGCUGUAGGCAACAGUUGUGACCAGCUAUCAGGCAUGUGUGAGUGCCACAGGGGCCAAUGGGGGAUGAAAUGUUUUGGCAACUGCAACUGUAAUCGAUCUCCAUGUAAUCAGCGGACCGGUGCGUGUAAAUGCGUGGAAGGCUCUUGGGGACCCAGCUGUGACAAGAAAUGUUACUGUGACCUCACACACAGCAGAUGUGACCCAGACACUGGGCAGUGCCUGUGCAACCCAGGUUACCAAGGAGCUUUAUGCAACCAGCCCUGUGAGGCUGGGAAAUAUGGCAGUGGGUGUACAAUAAGUUGUGGUUACUGUAAAGACAGACAGCCAUGCUCUGCCACUGAUGGCAUGUGUGCUGCCUGUGAACCUGGCUGGAACGGUACGCGAUGUGACCGCCUGUGUCCGUCUGGUUUUUAUGGUGAUGGCUGCAAAGAUAGAUGUCCACAAUGCAGGAAUAAUGAACCCUGUGAUCCAUUAACUGGGAAAUGCAGGAGGUGUGACCCUGGAUGGACCGGACCUAGGUGUCAGGAUGCUUGUUCUGACAGGACAUAUGGAGAUGCCUGCAGCUUCCUGUGUAGCCCUUGUUUCCAUGGUAACUGCCAUCAUGUGACAGGAAAAUGUGUCUGUCAGCCAGGCUUUCAGGGAGAGAGCUGCAAUAGCAGCUGCCCUGCCCUGCUGUUUGGUCUCAACUGUUCAUCUGUAUGUGACUGUGGUGAAGGAGUCAGCUGCCACCCCAUCGCUGGUGUCUGCCCCAACAUCAUCGAAGUAGCUGUACUAGCAGGUGUGCUGGUUCCUCUGUCCUAUUGAUUCUUGCUAUUCUGGUGCUGCUGCUUGUGUUGCGGAGGAGGUCAGUUGAUGCCCAAAGACAGUGCAACUCUGGCUGAUGGUGUGUCAGUUAGGAUGAAGUAUCACGUCUACAGCGUCUUGGCAAACAUUGGUGCAGCCCCCGUCCCCUGUAUCUCUGACUGGUCUUCUGGCCUGCCUCGAGUCACUGUAUCUCACCAUGACCCAGAAAUGACUUUCAACCACAGCUUCAUUGAGCCUCCCUCCUCUGGCUGGGUGACUGAGGGAUCCUCUUUUGACAGUGACGAGGAGGAAGGAGAAGCUCUCUACUGUGUUCCACCAAGAGAAGACAUCCCUGCUGUAGCAGGUGGUGAGUUCCAGGAGAUGAGCUCCAAGUGCAACAUGUUCUUAGACCCAUCAGGUUUUAGCAGUGAGGACAUCACCUCACCCUUCAACAUCCCUCGCACCUCCAGUAUCGCCAAGUCCAAGCGUCCAUCUGUCUCAUUUGCAGAGGGCACCCGCUUUAGCCCCAAAGAAAGGCGCGGUUCUGGUCAGGACCUUGGAGCUCCAAAUCGAAGCAAAGCCAAGUCACCUUGGGGGGUUUUGAUGCUGUCAGCUUUACAAAGUCAGGGAGGUACAGCUAGAAGUGGGGAAGAGGAUGAAGCAGAAGAUAAGGAAAAGGAAGAUGAGGUGGAUGUGCAGGUGACAGAGAGUCAGGAGUCAAGCUGUGAGUUAGUAGACCAGGAAGCAGACAGUAGACAUGUACAGGUUUCUGGGUCAUCAGGUCGAAGACGGGACAAUGUCCCAACACAGCUGGUCAUAAAGGCACCCAGGCAGCCAGCCUCUGAUGCUGAGGUGGGGGUCUCCCAUAAGGUCACCACUGUGUAUGUGACAUUGGGUAAGGCUGGUAGGCCCUUAACGAAGACAGAACCUAGUUCUGAAGGGCCAGUUCAGGCCAUGCUGCGGAGACUUGGCAGCCUCCAAAGGCAAAGGGAGCAGGAAUCACGCAGGCCAAAGUCAAAGAUGGCUGAAGGAAUCACCAAACCUCCCAGGAGGAAACUGGGAGCUCGAGCAACUGUAUGGGAGCAAGGAGGACCAUCUGGAGGGGAAUCUGGCAUAUGUAAGCCAAUCAGGAGGAAGCACAGUUCCCACAAUCCCCCAGACACUGCAGGUCCAGGUGAUGCUCCACCAUCAGAGGACAGCUCUCAAAAACGACCACUUUCUUCCAUUUUGAAGAGCGUGCCAGAGGUGGCCUCAGCUGGCUCAGGGUCAGAUCUGAGACUUGAAGGAGACUUGAUACAAGGUAGGGAUGUGAAUGCAGGACAAACUGAGAGCAGCUACCUAACUGUGGGACCAGCAGGUGGAAGCACUGAGAUCAUAGCAAAUGACCGAGCAGUGGUGAAUGUCAGUGAUGAGCCCUGCUAUGAAAAUGUCUUAAUUAAACAGUCAUAAACAAUGAAAAACCACAUAAGCAGGUCUGAUAGUUAUACUACUGCAUAUUUAUUUUUCUGCAGUUGUAACUGAAUUAUGGUGCUUUUUAGUGCAGUUCACGUAAUUACAUUUAUGUUGCAUGUGCCA